AUGCAUAAGUGCAACAAUUUACAGCUGCGUGAUGUCUCCAGCUUCACAUCAUCGAAAAAACUCAGCCGAUGUCGUUCCUUUCAUUUCCGUUAUUUGGAAUUGUGUCGUGCCAAAAAUCUCACCCCGUUAACUGAUAUUAAGGCGAAAAAUAAUUGCACCUCUUCAUUGGAUUUUUAUGGCGAUAAAUUAGAUGUUAACGAUUGGUUGCUGAUCGUUGAGGCUCUCUACUAUGAUGAGGUUCUGCAAACAUUGGCAAUACGCAUGCGGAAAACAUUUCCCACGGUUCUAGAACAUUUGGAUACGGAAAAGAAAGCUCGACUAUUUCGUCAAAAACCGGUGCUAUUUACGAAAUUCAUAUUUUCUGGUGUUGUGGAGGCGGUAUCGAACUGCAUUCAAUUUAAUAAGAAUUUAAGAGUGCUAAUUCUUGAUGGACUGCCAUUGAAUGACAAAUAUGUGGGAACUAUAGCUAAGGCUCUCUCAUCCAAUGUCAGUUUAAAUGAAAUAAGCUUCCAACGAUCCAAUGUUGGCGACAAAGGUUGUGAGGCCAUUUGUAAUACCAUUAAAUAUUUGGAAAAUAUUGAAAAACUAAAUUUAUCCGAAUGUCAGUUGACGACAAAAGGUGCCGAAUUUGUGGCGGAUAUGGUGAAAAUACAAAAAAUAAGUCGCUACACAGAAGGCUGGCAAAAAUCCUUGCGUUAUCGAGAUGUAGAUCCUGAUACUAUGCCAGGCUUGAGAUCACUCGCACUGGCUCGAAAUCCUCAAAUCGGAGAUGAGGGUAUAAAACCGAUAGUGGAGGUGCUGAAGGAAGAUGUGUGGAUAAAGGUUAUUGACAUGGAAAAUUGUGGUCUUACCGAUCGUGCGGCAAAUCUGAUAUUGGAUUGUUUGGAGCUGAAUAAUUAUAUUAUCGACUUUAAUGUUCGUGGUAAUCCGGGUAUAACUAAGUUCCUGCAACGCAGUAUACGUGAACAAUUGGGAAAAGAAGAUGAAGACCAACUAUUGUUGACGGAACAAAAUCAAGAAUUAGUACCAGGGCCGAAUGGCACCAUGAUAAAAAGGCCAAAAGUAACCAUAGCCGCCCUCAAGGAACAAUUGAAAAUUCUUGAAGAACAAUUGGAAUUUGAGCGUAUGUUACGCGAAAAAGCGGAACAAUUAAAUGAUAAACUUAAUCAACAGAUAUUGGCCUAUGAGUCACAAUUGGAAACUAAAAUGAACUCUCAAAUACCAGAUGGUUAUGUACUGGUUAAGGAUGAGUCCUUGCAAUCGAUUAUAAGGGAGCGUAAUGACUUUCAAAAAUUGGCCACAAGUGCGGCCGGUAGUAAUGAUGAAGCCACACCACGCCAAACUGUGCAGCGUUUGCAACAUUCGAUGGAAAUAACCUUGAAAGAUGAAUCCGAAUAUCAUGAAAUGUCUAACCCGAUUAAUGGUAGUUCAUCUAAAACCAGUGAAAAAACUCUAACACCAAAGGAGUCAAGAAAGUCGCAUAAAGUUCGCAAGGUCAAAAGUGAAAUAAAAUAUGCGGAAUCACCCGCUAAGGAAUCGGCGAAACGCAAAGUUUCAAAAUCAGAUCAUGAAUUCUCGAACGAGAGCGAUGUCAAUGUGGCCGCAAUACAGAUUGAGAGCAACAUUGGUGAUACCGUAUCCAAUAAUACAAGUCGCAGUACAGUGUCCACGGUAAUAAAUACUCGCAUGCAGCUGCGAAGUGCCAAAAAGAAUAAUGUAAAUUUUUGCAAUAACAACAACAACGCCAACGGCAAUGGAGACAAAAACAGCAGCAACAACAACAAUUUUUCACAAAAUACAUUUAACAAACAUCACAAUAUAAUUCAAAAGAAAUUAGAACUGGACGAUCUAUCAAUGACAACGCCGAGAAGUACAAAUAGUGAAAUUAAUUCCACCUCCGAUUCGGAUACUUUACGCAAUGACUUCAUCGAUAAUUAUCAACCGUUAAAGGUGUUUAUGAGGAGGAGUAAAAAAUCCCCAGCAAUGCCAUUGACACCUAUACCAAUGUCACCAAGAAGUACCACUAGUGAUGAUCCAGAGCAAGGGAAUGUAGAAAAGUAUUGCAAUAAUCGAAGAACUGUUGGAAAGAGCUUUGAUAAAUCACCACGUUCAUUGUUUUUUGGAUUGGCGGAGAAUUGA